AUGAACAAUGAGGUGAUGUCACUCUAUAUUGAAAGUUUCAACAUUGAGCACAUGUACAGUUCAAGCAAGCCAAGGAAGUUUGCAUUCUCACCACAUGUUGUUUCAAAACUCUGUGUGGACCCAAGUUCAUUCAAUACAAAUUCCUACACGAAAGAUUUGAAAAGGGCCUGUGAGAAGAACGACAUUGCCAAAGCUGACCAAUUGUUCUUCACCAUUGUGAAACAAGACCAUUGGGCGGUCGUUGUUCUAAACUUGAUUCAUAAACAGUUCAAUGUGUUCGACUCCAACAUUAGAGACUCUGAUUAUGUCAGCUUCCUCGAGAAGCCUUGUUCCAAUUUGAUAGAGAACUUCAAAACUCUGGUGAGAGGAAGAAACCCUUGGAAGCACAAUCUUGACAUGUUUGAGCGCUUCAGUCCAUCAGGCUACCCACAACAGUCAACAACAUUUGAUUGCGGCUUGUUUGCUAUUCUGUACAUGGAGAACUUAACUGCAAGGGGGUUAAAACCAUUCAAUACAGUAUGACUUUUUGCUUUUCCUC